AUGAAAUUCUAAGAAAUUUUAGAUUUUUGCGAUUAAGCUUUAAAGAUAAAUGAAAAAUAGUUUGGUAAUCAAUAAAUCUAAUUUAUAUAGAUAAAGCAAUAAAUAAAAAUAGAUUUUAAUAAACAACUAUUGAAUAUUACAGUUAUAAAAAUGAAUCCUCUAGAAUUUAAAAAUAUUUAAUUGAAUAAAAAUGUUUCUUUUAUAAAAUAUAAGAUAUUAGCUUUUGCAUUAGAAUAACUAGAUAAGUUUGAGGAAGCAAUAAGCUGUUGGGAUUGGGCUAUUAAGAUGGAUAAAAAAAAUAAAAACAAUUAUGAGUAAAAAUGUAUAAUUAAUUUUAUUUAUGUUAUUAGCAUAAAUCUUAUAAAAAAUGGGAAGAUUGAAUUAAGUAAUAGAAUGUUGGCAAUAAGCAGUUUAAUAAAAUAAAAAUAAUAUCUGCUUUUAUUAAAAAAUGGGUAAACAAUAUAUAAGUAAAUUAAAGCAAAUGCAUUAGAAAGAAUCAAUAGAAACGAAGAAAUAAUUGAAUGUUGGCAAUAAGGAAUUCUAAAUAAUAAAAAUGAUUUAGAAUUUUAUAAACAAAAAUGUAAAAACUAAAAAUUAAUUUCUUAGCCCAUGCACUAACAAAAUAAGAAAGAAUUGAAGAAGUAAUUGAUUGCUGGUAAUUGGGAAUAUAGAAUAAUAAUAAAGAUAUUUAGUUUUAUUUACAAAAAGGUUAAAAAUUAUAUUAUUUUUAGCUAAUAUUUUAGAAAAUCUUGGGAGAUCAAAAGAAUUAAUUGAAUGUUGGGAUCUUGGAAUCUAAUUAAAUUUAUCUGAUGAAACUUUUUAUGUCUAAAAAGGUUUAGUUUGAAUAUCAAAUUUUAGUUAUGGCUUUAGAGAAAUAGAAUAAAAUUAAUGAAAUAAUAGAAUGUUGGGAUUUAGGAAUUUCUAAUAAUAAAAAUUCUUGCUAUUAUUAUACUGAAAAAUGUAGAAAUUAAUCAAAAAUUUUUAGCUUCAUUCUUAGAAAAAUAUGGAAGAUUUGAAGAGAUGAUUGAUUGUUGGUAUUAGGCUAUAAAAAAUAAUAAAAACAAUUUAUUGUUUUACUAAUAAAAUUGUAUAAUUUAGGAUAUAAAAUUGAAAAGCUUCUUUAUUACUAAAACUAGAUCGUAUAAAAGAAGCAAUCGAUUUAUGGGAUUAAGGAAUAAAGAACAAUAAAAUUUAAGAAUAAUUUUACAUAGAGAAAGGUAAAUAGAAAGUAUAUUUAUUUAGUGAUUCUUUUAGAGAAAUAUGGAAGCUUUGAAUAAAUAAUAGAUUGUUGGAAUUAAGGUAUAGAGCACAACAAGAUGAAUUAAUUUUUUUAUUAGUAAAAAGGUAGAGAUAUUAAAUAAAAAUGAAGCUAAUGCUUUAGAGAAAGUAGAGCAAUUUGAUUUAGUAAUAAAAUGUUGGGAUUUAGGAAUUUAGAAUAACAAAAGAAAAAAAUUUUAUUAUAUACAGAAAGGUUAUGAUUGAAUGAUAUUGAAAGCAUUAAUAUUAUGU